GUAGCGAAGGACAGACUGCGCCGGAUCAGCCGCCGUCGCCGCUUCCACCGCUUCCACCGCUGCUGUUGCCGUCGCCGUGAGGCUUCGAACCCGAACGUAAUCGAGCAUCGUCGAGCAACGGCGGAAACGUACGAGCGGUGCGGUUCGAGCGACCGAGCGAGCGAUACGGCCGAGCAGUGCGGUGCCGACUCUUGCUGCCGCGGUUGCAGAUUCCGCGGUGUGUGUGUGCGCGCGUGUUUACACGACGAGAGAGAGAGAGAGAGAAGAAAGAGGGAGAGCUUGCGCCGCGGAGGCCAGGAGAGCAGAAGGGAAAGAAAAAGAGAAAGGGCAGAGAGAAAGAGAAACGCGAAAAAAAAAGCGACGAGAAGGCCAACUCCUGCGAGGCACGGUGCGUGAGCGUGCAACUACUCCUCCUCUAUCGAGCACGUCCCUCUCGAGGAGGAUCGCGCAACACCGUGAGUACAUACGUACGCCUCGCUCGUGACGUAUCACGAGGCACCGCGAGUUGACGAAGCCUAUAGUACCGAGGAGGGACCGACGGAGAAGACGCGCGCGUCGCACGACGCGGCCGGCACGUACACGCCACGCCGAGCGGUAAGCGCGCCAGCCGCUAUCGCGCGGCUGCCCUUAACGGGGCGUGGGUGGGCACCACCAUACCGCAUCGGGCACCGACGACGGUGGUGCGGCGAGACGGCGGAUGGUGCGCGUAAUUCAAAAGGUGCGCGCGGCGGUCGCGACGAGAACAUGACAGACGACGCGGAGUGCGCGAUUUCGAGGCGGCACCGCGUCGCGACCGAAGGGACAAUAAUAUAAACGCGGCGAGACAAGGAGAAUACGCGAGGAGAGAAACUCUUCCUUCGAAAAAGAAAGUUCCCAAACGGAGUACAUAUAUCCGCGCGGCCAGUGAUCCCGUGUGUGGCUCGCGUGUUGCGCGUCCAACGGUGAGUGUGUGUGAGUGCAAGAGGACCAGGCCGCGCGCGCGAGUGGACUCCGGGUGAAGAGAAAGAGAGAGAGAGAGAGAAAUAGCGAGAGAAGAACUAGAGAGAGACUUUCGCGGCUUCCGGCCUGUCGGCGCGGAAGCGAUCCGACUAGCGAUUUCACGAGGAGAGGAUGCUGGUAACGACGUCGCCGACGGUCGUUACAAAGAGGAUAACGAUGUCGACCUCGCGAGGUCUCGACUGAGUCGCGCCAAGAGCCGCGUCGCGGCCGACGUCGUCGCGACGGUGGCAUCGACGAGCGUCGUAUCGUCGUCGUCAUCAUCGUGCUUGCUUGUCGCGAUUAAACGUUAGGUGUCAACGUUGACCGACGUUGAGAAGCGCGAGAGAAGUCACGCUCGGCGAUUGCCGACGGUGCGUUUCACGUCACCGUCGAGGAGUCACCGCGAGAGAAAGUCCGUCGGGCUUGAGCGGAGGUCUCAGUUGCGGAGUCACAGUUCUGUCACGGUAGUCUCCGUUGACGAAACACCAUGAGCGAGAGCGUGUCCGAGCAACCGCGAUGACUGUACUCCGAUUAUUCCGUCGCUAAAGACUGGAUAUCGCAUCCUGUGACUGUUUCGCGAUUCUAGCAAUUGUCCGCGGGAGACAGAGCGGAGGAUAUUAUUUGCCGGAGAGUUGUGGUAAGACUCUCUCGGCGAGGAGGAGAUCCUCCACGAUUAUUUCGCAAUCAUCGUAAUCAACGUGUUCGGACGAGGACUUUACUCGGAAUCAUCCGUAAUUCUAAUAAUCGCCUUCUCGAAGCCCGGGUAUCGAUCCCGGGCCGGAUAACGUGGAGCGCGCGGUGACGCUCACAAAGAGCUUUUGUCGUCUCGGAAGAUCGCGUUACGUAAAAGGAUUACUCACAACCCGUCCCUACUCGUGCGAAGAGCGGACCUCGAAAAGGUGCGUCUCUCGGCGACUAAUCGAGAUCCGAAGGUUGGGGAGCGACGUCGAGCGACGUCGCGACGACGCCGGCCGACGGCGGGGCCGCUUCCCCUAGAUACGCAUCGACGAACAACACAGCCGGGAUGCAGGUGGCAACGCUGUUCAGGGAGAGCGCUACCCUGCUGGGCGCCUCUAGCCUGGACCCCCCGCAGACUCACCAUCAUCAGGGUAUGCAUCAGCCGCAGCAGCAGCAGCAACAGCAGCAGCAACACCAGCAGAUGCAGCAGCAGCAGCAACACGCCACCGACAUGCACCUCGUCGGCCACCACAUGCAGCACCACUACAAGAUGUCAUAUCCGUCACCGGUGCAGAACGGAGGACCAAACGGCACGACGACGAUGAGCUGCGCGUCUUCUCAAGGGGUGAUGGUGAAGCAGGAGGCGAGGGACGACGGUUACGAGACGAGUCCGGACCUCGAGAUGAGGAGCACCGGCGGUGACAGCAGUCAGCAGUAUCACACGCCGCUGACACCACACACGCCGCACACACCGCACACGCCGCAGCCCCUCACGCCGAUAUCGGCGACAGCGCAUCAACCCCAGCAGCCGGGCUCGACCGCCUCCGCCCUCGGACAGGUCGCAAUAAAAUGCGAGACGCCGGUGGACCCGUACUCGUUCGUGGACGAGGAGAUGUCGAUGGGCGGCAUAAGAACGGCGAGCAGUCCAGGCGGCGGCGGAGGCGGCAAUCCCGAGAACAUGACGUGUCCGGGCGGUGCCCAACCUGGGCUGGGUACACCCACGUCGACGCCGCCCGGGGCGCUGCCCGGGCCACAACAUCAUCAGAUGAAUCUCGUGAUGAACGGCGCCGCCGGCAUCAAUCCCCAGCUGGCGCAUCAGCCGAAGAAGCGGGGCCGCAAAAAAAAGUCGGAGAUGAUACUCACCCCCGAGGAAGCGGAGCUUGCGGAGGCUAAGAAACGCGCGAAGACGUACAAAGAGAGGAAGAAGCACGACAGGUUCGACGGGAUGCCGGAAGAGGAAGUGAGCAAGCGUGUUCUACCGGAUCAUCUCACCAACAACCUUGACAUUAUUAUAAUUGGUAUCAAUCCCGGAUUAUUCGCGGCAUAUAAAGGACAUCACUACGCUGGACCUGGAAAUCAUUUCUGGAAAUGUCUGCAUCUGAGUGGUCUUACGCCCGAGCCAUUGACAGCGGACGACGAUUACAAGCUUUUGCGCCUCGGCAUCGGUUUUACAAAUAUGGUAGCACGUGCGACGAAAGGCAGUGCAGAUCUCACGAGAAAGGAAAUUAAAGAAGGUAGUCACAUUCUGCUCGAGAAAUUACGAAAGUAUAAGCCAAAAAUCGCCGUUUUCAACGGCAAACUCAUAUACGAGGUAUUUUCGGGAAAGAAGGAAUUUGGAUUCGGAAGACAGCCUAAUCUCGUCGACGGCACAAACACGUACAUGUGGGUGAUGCCUUCGAGCAGCGCGAGGUGUGCCCAAUUACCACGGGCUGCCGACAAGGUGCCAUAUUACGCGGCCCUGAAGAAGUUCCGCGAUUAUCUGAACGGCACGAUUCCGCAUCUAGAUGAGUCGGACAUCGUGUUCGCCGAUUCGAAACUCAAAAAGAAGGAGCACGAGGCGAUCGAGGAUAAGAAGCCGCUGUUCGAUGAUUUGCCCGACGGUGAUAACCGAAUCACGGAGAUCAAUGGCGCGCUGAUGAAACAGGAAUCGAGCCUGAUACCCGGCAAGAAGAAGCGCGGCAGACCGAAGAAGAUCAAGAAUCCAGAGGAUCAGCCGCCGCCGGAUCCCGAGAAGCUGGACGCGAACGGGGAGGUCAUCAAGAAGCGCCGUGGUCGCCCGAAAAAGAUACACCAGCAGCAAAAGCAGCUGGAGCGGGAGAAUCGCGAGAGGGAGCAACAGCAACAGCAGCAGCAGCAUCAGGCGAUGGGCCAUCUGAACGACGGUUACGGCAAUGCUGUGUCGAAUUGUUUCUCACCGCCGUUGAUGUCACCUCCAAAAGCGUUUCCGCACAUGGCGCCGUAUCCGCAACCACCGAUGAAUGACGGCUUCUACGGCCAGAGCAUGAACGACAAUAGCCCGUACAAUAUGAGCGCGAAACAGAGCCCGGUGCACAUGCACUAUAGCCAGAGUCCCAAGUCCUCUCAGUCCAUGUCGCUAUCGUUUACGCAUUCUGACUUAUCGUCGGAGAUCAACACGGGAAUAUCGUCAGAGAACAAUCUCGAGCCAUCGCCACUGACAUCGCCCAGCGUUGAACACCCGGACUUCGAGCCACCCACCAGCAUGUCGCAGCAGAAUAUGGGCAACGACCAUCGCCAGUACAAUCCGGCCGGUGGGUCUGAUCCAACUGGCCAUCAUGGCAGUCCUGGUACGCCGUCUCACAACAGUUAUGCCAAUUAUAUGGGCUAUCACGAGCAGACGCCGGAGGCGCAUAAUCCGCAUCCGCAUCAGACAACGUCAACGCCCCUCAGCCAGACUGCGGAGGACCACUCUCAUCACUCGCAUCCGACGCCACCACAUCCACACACGCCUACGCAUAUGUCGCCGCAUCAUCCCCACGAGCAAUAUGGCAUCAAGAGGAAUUCCGGCCAAGACGUGGCGUCCAAAAGUUUGAGCGAUCUUGAAUCCUUGGUCGAUCAGAUCCCGAGCAUAGCCGACGGCGGCAGCCAACGUCUUCAACACUCGCAUCCGGGUAUGCCAGGCGAUGACACUCUGGCGGAAAAGAUGGAUGCUCACCAUCAGUCUUACAUGUCUGGCUUCGGUGGCAUGCCGGGCGGACCGACCGGGAUGACCAAUUAUAGCCCGCCAUUACCACCGGGUGGCGGAAUCUAUCCCAGCUCGCUGCAUCACUCGCCGAAUGACGGCGUUUACGGAAGUCUAUACAGCAUGAACGGCCGUCAUCAUCAGGAGUCUCAACAACAGCAGCAACAACAGCAGCAGCAGCAGCAUCAACAGCAGCAGCAGCACAGCAAAUCUUACACGGUGGAGAAUCUCGCGUCCAGCAAUUACACACCCAGUAUGAAUCAUCCCGGUAACUCGUAUCCGAACAUCAUACCCGGGCCGCAUUAUCCAGUGCCGAUGGGCUCGACCAAUGGUUACCUGUUCGGCGGUCUCGAAUCCAGUCUGAUGCAGCGCACCUACGGGAUUGGCGGAAUGAGCGGCAUGAGCGGCAUGCACCCGUCCGCCGCCCUCGGCCACCCGAUGGCGGCCAACCCUUACCCGUACAACGGCUCAUACACGAGUUCCUUCGACGCUUAUCCGGCACCACCAGCGGGAAUACACGCGCCCAGCGCCAAUUAUCCCGGCUACGUCAGUGCGGCUGGCGCGGCGCCCACCACCACCACGCCGCCGUCCUACCUCGCACCGUCGCAUCACAGACCGCCGGUCGACCUCUCCUACGACGGUGUAUGAUAAUCGAUGUGAAGCACCAUAUCGUUCACCAUCCACCGACCAUCAUCAACCUUCAACGGCCCCCCCGCUCGGUCCCCGCCCCGCCUGCCGAUCGCCUCUUGUUGCGAUACCGCGCGUAUAUCGCGCCGCGUUUAUCUUUUCUACGUAUUUUUACACACGUCUCUUAAGGCUCUCAACGUUGGGGUCGCACCGACGCGCGUCGCCUCCCCGAAUAUAUCGUCUCCCCCAUCCUCGAAUCGCAAAUUCUCUUGUGCGACAUGCUACUUGCGAACAAUAUGCGCGCAUUUGUUCUUUAUCGAUCUGGUCUAUCUAUCUUGCGAUUUUCUCUCUCUUUCUCUCUUUUGCUCUCUGUCCGGCUCUACAUACAAGGUAUCCCAUAAUGGGCGCAAAUGAGAGAAUAUAUGUAUAGAUAUUAUUCCUUAUAAUAUUUGAAAAAUCUUUCUUCGUCUAAAAUAUCAAGGUUCUAAUGUCAAUGAUGAAAUUUUCAUUGUUCAAUUGUUUAAUUAAAUAUAAAUAUAUAUUUAGUUCUUAAUAUAUGUCAAAUGUUUUAAACUUGAAGAAGUAUCAUCGAAAAAAAUGUAAUGAUCUCCGAGGAAUGACGCUGUAUAUCCAUCUUUGUGUCAAAUCUUUCUGGGUAUCCAGUAAAGCUAUCGGUUUUUUGUUUUCUCGAUAUUUUUCUUAUUUUCUUCUAUAUCUUUUUGCUUUUACUUCGUCUUGCCAUCUCUCGCAUACUGUUUUUUUUUAUUUCGCUUUCGAUAUGCGAUUACCAUGAGUAAUUAUGGGCGCGCGGCUCGGGAAUGGGCAACUGCUCGUGAAACGCGACUAUAGCGCACGCAACGAACGUAAGCCUCUGCUAGAUUAGGUUCGCUGAUCGCGUUUUGUACCGAUUCGACCGUUAAAAUACACAUACACACGCAUACCGAUAACCGUGACGAUAAAUGGCGACCUUAUUAACGCCGAGCACGAUCGCGAUUGCGAAUUCGGUCGACAUAACCGAGGUCAGCCGGGCAUGUAAUUGCGCUUUUUUCCAUCAAGCAACUGACAUCAACUGAUCAUCGCCGAUUGUAAGGAUCUUUAUUAUUACAUUGAAUUUGUAUUACCGCAUUUUCAUAUUUUGACGAAUAUCCGCGAUUGUAAAUGUGAUAUCAAAAGCUAACGGAUAUCGUGCAUUCUCAAUCAAUUUCGUCUUGGAAAGUGGAUAGGAUACAGCGAAUUAGUUUUACGCAUCGCGGUGCAAAUAGAAUAAAGCGCAAAGUUAUUCGAAAAAACAGGUAAUGAAACAGAUGUAAUUUUGAUGGAUUUAGAGUUCGAUGCCACAGAUCGAAUGCAAAGUAAUUUAGAUUGUUUAUUCAUUGAUGAUUACUGUUUUUGUAAUUUUUUACGUAAUGUUUAUGAUAUUGAUUAUUAUAUUGGUUAUUAUGAUAAUGAAUUUAUCAAUAAUAGACACGUGCAACUAUCGUUACAAAACGCAUUGUUUCGCAUCUGUCACAUCGAAUAUGGGAUACACCGAAAUUAUAUCGGUUUUAUUCUCGCAAGAAAUUUGCUAGAAUCAUGCAGUUGGAAUAACUGCACCGUAUACUUACAUAUGUAUAUGUGUAUUGCACCGCGAUUUACAUUAUUGUUGGCUUGUUAUAUUGUUACUCUAUUGCAUGUUUGAUUGAUUGAUAGCACGCGUCUAUCGCUGCGAUUUAGAUUGUGACGCGUUUUCAUAUCGUCAAAAUAGCUGUCUUGAUGUUCUUGUCGAAAAAUCUCUACUCUAUUUUACAUGACGAUGCAUAAUAUUAUUUCUUAGAAACAAUGUUUGCACGACUUUUCAGCGCUCAGAUGAAUCGAAGAUUUUUUUAUGAGAAAAUUAAAAAAAAAAAUUAUUUAUAUCAAUAUCUAAUUAUGACACAAUCGAACAAGACAUAUUCACAAAAUCUUGAAUGCGGAGCUUUCAGCUCGAUUAAGCUCGGUUCAAUGCAUGGUAAUCAGAUACUGGUAAUCAUGAUCAGAUACAUGGUAAUUAGAUACAUUAUAAUAUCGAUGGAUAUCUGUUUUAUCCAAUAUGACUCCCAGUUUGCUUAUACUUCAUAUAAUAAAAAUAGAUAUCUUAAUAAAAUAAAGAAGCAGACAAACUUUUGAAAGAUUCGGUCGACAUAAAAAAAUUCACAAAACAAUUUACAAGAAUGAUUUUUAAGACUGUAAACAAUCUGUAAACUUGUCUGUAAACAAAACAAAAUUAAGUCUUUUCUCAUAAUUUUCUCAUCUCUAAUUUUGUUUAUAAAUUCGUAAAAGAAUAAUUUCUUUUUUUAAUUUUCUCAAAACACAAAAUCUUCCGAGCAAAAUUAGUCCAAGUGUAAAAAGCGAUAAGAAAAAUACAUGAAAAAUUGCAGGAUCAUGUAUAAUUGGAAUUAUGAAACCCGGUUGUGAAAUAAUAUGUCUUUAAGUAUAUACAUAUAUCUCACGUUUCUAUGGAUCCGUGUUCGUUAUUGUAUUAGUAACGCAAGUCGAAAACGCGAUCACCGAUUAAUCGCUUAUAUUUUCGUGCUCGAAUAUCAUCAUCGGUUUAAAUGUCGCGUAUCUGCAUUUAUUCGGGCCGGAGGUUUUUAUUUUUCAACCGGACGUUUUUAUUUUUCCGAAUAAAAGAUACGCUAUUGUUUUUAUCUUUGUUGUUUCUUGCCACUCACCGAAGAGUGUUCUAAUUUAAGUAUUGUAAUUUUCACUUUCAUCCAAGAACUUUUAUCGAAUAAUUAUUCCAGCGAUUAUAUCAUAUUUUCUCGUCGCUAGCAAAAGACGAUUAUUACCGAACUACGAGCCGCGCGUUGUCAUUAUGCUCGCCGCUCUUAUGAGUUUUUCGUCAGCAUUUUUAACAGAGUAAAUAUUAAUCGUUAUCAAUGUAUCGUUAAGAUUACUGCACAUAGUAGAAACAAGCUUAAGCCCGAUUGCGCCGGUGUUUCUUUAAUCACGGCACGGUCAUGCUUUCAUCAACGUUGGUCAUAUUUAACCGUAGUUUAAUCCUUAUCCGGGCAAAUUAUUUUUUCAAACUUAUAUAUAUAUAUAUAUACAUAUAUAUAUUUAUAGAAGAAAUAAUCAUAUUAUAAUAUAUGUAAAAAAAUAUGCUAUUGAAAAUUUUUGUAUUUAUUCUUAAAAUCGCGACAUAGACAAUUUUGCAUGAAAAGUCGUUGAUUUGUAUAGAUAUAACUCGACGAAUAUACUAAUUCGAAUAAUGUUCACUAUUUCCUAUUAAUAUUUCGCGACUAUUUGCCAAUAUUUGUACAUUAAAAUUUCCAUAAAUAUAUUUGUUCACGACGUUUGACUCGCGUCGCCUGGAAAUGAGGAAUAACUUAUUUAUCUCGCAUGAGAACUAGGACUAGAAGGAGACAGAAAAUCGAUUAAACUAAGGUUGAUAUUAAUCGAUGUUAAUAUUGCCUAACCGGCCUUGUAAAUGCGCGCGGGAAAUCCGCUAACGAUCGACCGAAUUAUUAUAAGCCGAGAACCUAAGUAAGAUCGCCCGCGCAACCGGUUGCCGAGCUUAUUUUAAUAUAAGAUGUAUGCCCCAAUGAGAGGCAGAAAAUGGAAGAGACCACUUCGUGUACUUUGUUUAACCACACCGCCAUCCACUUUCGUACCUCGCGCCCGCCCGCAACCAGCCAUCAACGUUCUCGUUGCAACUCUGAUUAUUAUUUAUCGUUAGAACUCGAUAUCGCUGUGGAGAUACAUACGUUACUGUCGUUAUUAACAUACUCGCGUUACGUUGUCUCGUUAAUUAUAUUCUGUUAUGCGUUUCGCAUUGCCGAAAGUCACUAUAUAUAUUAAUACACAUGAUUAUGAAAACAAACACGUACGUGUAUGUACACAUACGUGCAUGCAUACCUAGAUACACAUUGACACGUACAUGCAGUCGUAAUAGAUAUUAUAGCUGGCAUUAAUCGACAUCCUCUUUUGUCGCUGACAGACGCUGUAAAGUGACGCAUCUGGCAUGAUUAUAAAUAUAUAUACAGAUAUAAAUAUAUAAAUAUAUAAAUAUAUAUAGAUAUUAUAUAUAAAUAAACUAUAAAUAUUAUAUAUUGAUUAUAUGUACGGAUAAGAGCGAGCAACACACAUUUAUUCCGGGUGAAACCACCUAUGUGAAUGUGUCGAGACAUUUAAGAUAAUGCACAGGGUAUAGAUGAGAGAAUCGUUGAUAUAAUAACUGAUGUCUAUAUUAUUAUAGAUGUUUCUUUCGUUCCGUCAUCGGCCUCAAACACGCAUACGAUCGUGAAUCACGUACGAUCGAAAUUUAUGUAGUAGAUGUUUUUCAGAAGUCCAAACCCUAUUCCCCUCCUCCUCUCCCCCGAUUCCGAGCGGCGGCUAAGAAUAAUAGGUGUCAUCGGUGUGUUAAUCGCGCAACAACGUUCAUCACAAAUCGCAAAGAAAAUUGGUGAGGAUUAUAUACAUGCAUAUAUUCUCGCCUGGUCUCGCUGCGAUUGACGGUUCCGCCGUCACACUAUUAAUUAAUUGACUAUUCGAUUAAUCAAAUUAACUAACUGAUUGUAAAUUGAUCGCUAUAUUAAGGACUUUACUAUUAAGUAUAAAUAUAUAUUAUACAGAUAUAAAAGUGGAUUCGCUGUUGAACGUGUCGAAUAAACAAAGCAAAAAGAAAAAAAAGAACAAAAUCCAGAAGUAAGCGAGUAAGAGAGCUUGGGCCGGAUUGCCGGUCUCCGACAUAUUUUUUAAUCGCUUCGAACCUCUAUUAUUCUACCUAACUAAUUAAACGUAAACGGUGUAUCUACGUGUGCGUCCGAACGAUCAAUUGCCGAUCCGCGUCGUCCUCGUCGACGGCUAUCAUUCCGUCGACGUCGUCGAUCGGGUCGCGUUCGCUCGGGCUAUCGAGAUGUGUUCUGUAUCGAAUUAACGAAUGUACUUCUCGAAUAUUCAUCGCUAUCCUACGAAUAAUCGCGGGAUAAGGAAGGGUGACGGAUGCUCGACGA